AUGUUGCGCCGUUCUUUGUCAUUACUCAACAAGAAGGCCCCACCCCCGUUCAGGUACGUCCCUCUGAUUCCGCAUGUUUCGCACGACGACACCAAGUUUCGCCUGUUGACAAAGGACUACGUUACGGUCGUGCAGCCCGACUGCGGUCUGCCUGAGAUUCUUAAGGUAGAUGUGGAGGGCCUGGCACUGCUUGCGUCGGAGGCCAUUGGCGAUGUGCAGCACCUCCUCCGUCCCUCGCACCUGAGUUGCCUGCGCAAGAUCUUUGAUGACCCAGAGGCCAGUGACAACGACCGUUUUGUGGCGUUGCAGCUGCUAAAAAAUGCGAACAUUGCGGCGGCUCGUGUCCUUCCCGGGUGCCAGGACACCGGCACGGCAAUUGUCGCCGGCUACAAGGGCGAGCAGGUCUUCACGAACGGCGACGACAGUGAGGCACUCAGCCGUGGCGUGCACAAGAUCUACACCACUACGGACCUGCGCUACAGUCAGAAUGUCCCGCUGAGCAUGUACGAUGAAAAGAACACGGGCUGCAACCUGCCGGCGCAGAUCGAUCUCUACGCAACGAAGGGACAGGAGUACAACUUCAUGUUUGUGGCGAAAGGUGGGGGCUCGGCGAACAAGGCGUACCUCUUCCAGGAGACGAAGUCUGUCCUGAACCCCAAGUCGAUCCGAAAAUUUCUGGAGGAGAAAAUAGCCACGAUCGGCACAGCGGCGUGCCCUCCGUACCACAUGGCACUCGUUGUCGGUGGUACCAGUGCGGAGCAGACGAUGAAGACAGUGAAGUACGCGUCCUGUAAGUACUACGACAACUUGCCGACGAAGCCAGACGAGUCGAAGGGGUACGCCUACCGUGACCUCGAGCUGGAGAAUAUCGUGAUGGACAUCUGCCGCAAUAUCGGUAUGGGUGCCCAAUUUGGCGGGAAGUACUUCGCCCAUGACGCACGUGUGAUUCGGCUGCCGCGGCACGGUGCGAGUUGCCCGAUUGGCCUCGGUGUGAGCUGCAGCGCCGACCGCCAGGCGCUGGCGAAGAUCAACAAGGAUGGAAUCUGGCUUGAGGAGCUUGAGAGGGAUCCGGCGAAGUACUUGCCGGAGGUCACAGAGGACCAGCUGCUCAAGACACCGCCGGUGAAGAUUGACCUCAACAUGCCGAUGGAGAAGAUACGCGCGGAGUUGUCGCGCCACCCCGUCAAGACGCGGCUGAGUCUCACUGGCACCAUCGUCGUCGCGCGCGACAUUGCUCACGCACGGAUGCGGGAGAUGCUGGAGGCGGGCAAGCCGCUGCCGGACUACAUUAAGAAUCACCCCGUCUACUACGCCGGGCCUGCCAAGAAGCCUGAGGGCCUGGCGUCCGGCUCCUUCGGUCCAACGACCGCCGGGCGCAUGGACCCCUUCGUGGAUCUCUUCCAGGAGAACGGCGGCUCUUUCGUGAUGCUCGCGAAGGGCAACCGCAGCCGGCAGGUGACACAGGCCUGCAAGAAGCACGGUGGCUUUUACCUUGGCAGCAUCGGCGGCCCCGCGGCGCUGCUGGCGAUGGAGUCGAUCCGCAAGGUGGAGGUGCUCGACAUGGCAGAACUCGGCAUGGAGGCGGUGUGGAAGAUCGAGGUGGAGGACUUCCCCGCCUUCAUCGUCGUCGAUGACAAGGGCAAUGACUUCUUCCAGCAGCUCAAGUAG